AUGCUGCUGUCUCCUCAGGCAGAGAGGAACUGGGAGAGUCUGUGUUCGGUGCUUGAAGAUGUGCUUGAAGACCAGUCCCACAGGGAGCUGUUCGCCUUAGAGUUGGGCUCUGGAACUGGGCAGCAUGUCAUACGCUUUGCCCAGAAGAUGCCCUUUGUUACCUGGCAGCCAUCAGACAUCAAAAAAGAGUAUUUGGACAGUAUUAAGGCAUAUAUUGCUGCAACCCACACAAAGACUGUUCUCCAGCCUGUCCACCUGGAUGCCAGCGAACCGUGGGAGCAAUGGGCAGGCCUUCCUCGCAACUCCUGUGAUGUUAUCGUUGCCAUUAACUUACUGCAGUACAGCUCCUUCAAAACAGCACAGGGUGUUUUCAAUGGAGCAGGUCAGAUCAUCAGGCAAAAUGGCCUUUUGGUAACAUAUGGGGCGUACGCUAUUAACGGCACCAUUACACCGACUUGUAAUGAACAACUGGACGCGGAGCUUCGAAAAAUGAACCCAGAGUGGGGUCUUUCAGACAUCGAUGUGCUGAGACAGCUGGCCUAUGGGAACGGGUUGCGUCUAGAGAGGAUGAUUGAGAUGGAAGAAUAUUUCAAAUGCCUCAUCUUCAGAAAACUUUAA